AUGACAACAUCCAGGACUUUUAAGGAUCAUUCAGGAAGUCAGAAAGUACCCCUGAACUGUCAGAUAUUGAACGCCAUGCACCCUGCACUCUACAUUAGAGAAAUGCUGAAUCUGACGGAGUUUAAUCAGUCUGAUCGCUGUGAGCAUUUCUCCUGUCCAGAGAGAUCUGUAUCUCCUGCAGUUUAUAUCUUACUGUACGUGUGUUCAGCUGCUGUGGUUCUGCUAACAGUGUGUGGAAAUCUGCUGGUCAUCAUCUCUGUUCUUCACUUCAAGCAUCUUCACACACCAACCAACACGCUGGUGCUCUCUCUGGCUGUGACAGACUUCCUAAUUGCCGUUUUUGUAAUGCCAUUUGUGUUUAUCUGGUCAAUCGAGUCUUGCUGGAUUUUUAAAACAGAUUUCUGCAUCAGUUUUUUCUUGACUGCUGGUCUCCUCAUGAACAUAUCCAUCUAUAAUAUUGCUCUGAUUGCUGUGGAUCGGUAUGUGGCUCUCUCAAACCCAUUUCUCUACACAAACACAAUCUCUAGAAGGACUAUGUGCAUUGUGGUUUAUUCUAACUGGUGUGUGAGUCUGGCAUAUAACACAACACUCUAUUAUUUCACUGGAAACCUCAGAGGUUUUGUACUGUGUCCUGGAGAGUGUUUAUUGAUUUUGGAUGAGGUUUGGUCUGUAAUUGAUCUUGUGUAUUCAUUUAUAUUUCCACUUUCUGUCAUAAUCAUAUUGUAUACUCAGGUUUUUGUGAUUGCUAAGAAACAUGCCACUGCUAUCAGAGAGCUUAAUAAUCACACACGGCCUAAAACACAGAAAAUCACCUCACACUCCAUGAAAUCUGAGAGAAAAGCAGCUAAAGUCCUCGGCAUUUUAGUGUCUGUGUUUCUGGUGUGUUUACUUCCAUAUUUUAUUUACAGUUUAUUGGGUGGUGAUAUUCAACAGCUAGAAACAUUUCUGAAAAUGUUGAUAGUGCUUUAUCUUAACUCCACCAUUAAUCCAGUUAUUUAUGCCCUGUUUUACCCUUGGUUUAGGAGGUGCAUUAUUUUAAUCCUAACUCUUCAAAUAUUCCAAACAGACUCUGCAUUAAUUAAUGUUCUUUCAUGAAUAGCUUUUUUCACUCCAUCUGAUAAUGUCCCCAAAUAUUGCUAAUUUUAUAUGUAAAGCUUCUCUAACAAAUCAAAUUCCUUCCAUCAUAAUUGUACUGUAUUAUUUUAUAUUGUUAUAUAAAGGUAAUAUUUGGUUUGCAUAUUUGGUUA